CAGCUUUGGGUGGAUGUGGAAGGAGCCCUUCUGCAUUCGCCUGUAUUUAGCCUUUUUUUUAUUUUUUUUCUCCUUCCUUUCCAGGGCUGCUGAAGACUAGAGUCCUUUUUCCCAUUUCUCCACCCCUCCUAUUCCUCCCCCUUUCCCAGUCUCCAGAUGAUGCCUCCCACUUGUGCUGCAUGCAGACCCUAGUUCUGCACCUCUGCAGAGAGAAGGGAGGGAGGGGAAGCAGGGCUUUUCUUAUAUUACAAUGUAUUUUAUUUAUUUAUUAGGAGGAUCUCCCAUUUGGACCUAGAAGAUUUCCGCAAGCGUGUUGUCAGGAUUUGUAUCAUUUAUAUAUUAUUUAUUUUUUUUUCCCUUCAUUUUAUAUAUAUAUAUUUUUUUGCCUUUCCUAUAAUGGCAUUACUACAUCGCGGACCCUGGAUUACCCUGUUGUAUUAGGACUAUUUGUUUGGAUUGUUUUUUUACGUUUAAUCUCUGGGAGGAUUAUCAAACUAGUUUUAUUAAGAAAAUGGAGAAUGAUCUUUUUACUCCAAUCCUGGAACAUUUCAUGAGCAGUCCCCUAGUGAGCUGGAUCAAGACUUUCGGAGCCUUGGUCAAAGGAAAUGGGACCCUGCUGGAUGAAUAUGUGGCUUUAGUGGAUGGCGUUUUCCUCAAUGAGGUCAUGUUUCAAAUAAAUCCCAAAGCAGAUAAUCAAAAAAUUUACAAAAAGAUCAACAAUGAUGCCUCCCUUAGAAUACAAAACGUAUCUGUCCUGGUGAAACAAAUCAAGUCUUACUAUGAGGAAUCCUUACAACAGUUGGUUAUGAUGACUUUGCCGAAUGUUUUGAUUAUUGGCAAAACUCCAUUUUCUGAGAAAGGUACUGAAGAGGUGAAAAAAAUGCUUCUUCUCCUAUUGGGGUGCGCAGUUCAGUGUGAAAGGAAAGAGGAAUUUAUUGAUAAAAUUCAAGAUUUGGAUUUUGACACUAAAGCAGCUGUGGCGGCUCACAUCCAGGAGGUUACGCACAAUCCAGAAAAUGUAUUUGAUCUGCAGUUAUUGGAGCCGACCGAUCUACCCUCCGAAGAUCUGGAAUCCUUAUUGAAGAGCACAGCGUUCCAUCUGAAGAGGCUGGUAGAUGAAAGAGAUGAACAGUCCGAUACAAUUACAGAGCUGACAGAAGAAAGAGACUCCCUCCACUUCACACCUCUACCACCAUCGGCACAGUCUCCCUCCGGAUCCCCAGGCAUGAGGCGGACUGAGAGCAGACAGCACCUGUCAGUGGAGCUUGCAGAAGCCAAGGCGAAAAUUAGGGGGCUGAGGCAGGAGCUGGAAGAAAAGACGGAACAAUUCCUGGAUGUAAAACAAGAGGUCGCACAACUGGAAUCUGAGCUCAAGAGACUGCAGCAAGAGAACAUGAAACUGCUGGCUGAUGCUAGAUCUGCUCGACUGUAUAGAGAUGAGCUGGAUGCACUCAGGGAAAAAGCAAUUCGAGUUGACAAGCUUGAAAGUGAAGUGAGCCGAUACAAAGAGCGGUUGCAUGACAUUGAGUUCUACAAGGCCAGGGUAGAGGAACUUAAAGAAGACAAUCAGGUACUUCUGGAAACAAAGAACAUGUUGGAAGACCAGCUGGAAGGUGCUCGAACCCGCUCAGAUAAACUACACGAGCUGGAGAAAGAGAAUAUACAGAUGAAGGCUAGAUUCCAUGAUUUAGAGAUGGAGCGUGACAUGGACAGGAAGAGGAUUGAGGAACUAAUGGAGGAAAACAUGACCUUGGAAAUGGCGCAGAAGCAAAGCAUGGAUGAAUCCUUACAUCUUGGAUGGGAACUGGAACAGCUGUCCAAAACCAGUGAUCUUCCUGAAACACCACAGAAGUCUCUUGGACAUGAAGUAAAUGAGCUGACCUCCAGUCGUCUGUUAAAGCUAGAGAUGGAAAACCAAACCUUGCUGACUACAGUAGAAGAGCUGAAGAGUGCUAUGGGUUCUACAGAAGGUGCUAGUGCCAAAUUACUAAAAAUGGAAAAAGAAAACCAAAGACUAUGCAAAAAGCUUGAGAAAAUAGAAGCUGAAUUAAAUCACGAGAGACAAACCAUCGAGAGCAGCCAACAUCUGAGCAGUGACCUUAUGAAAGAGAAGUCACAGCUGGAGAAGAUCAUUGAGACACUGCGUGAGAACUCGGAGAGACAGAUCAAAGGGCUUGAACAAGAAAAUGAGCAUUUAAACCAAACCAUUGCCUCAUUGCGCCAACGCUCACAGAUCGGGGCUGAGGCGAGAAUGAAGGACAUUGAAAAAGAAAACAAGAUUCUUCACGAGUCCAUCAAGGAAACAAGUGGUAAAUUAAACAAGUUGGAAUUUGAAAAGAAGCAUUUGAAAAAGGAGCUUGAACACUACAAAGAAAAGGGGGAGAGGGCAGAGGAACUCGAAAAGGAGCUGAACAGAGUGGAGAAAGAAAAUGAACAUCUACAAAAGAAAAUAACCAGUUUGAACAUUGUCUGUGAAAAAACAGAAUCCUUAGAACAAGAAAAUGUAGGUUUAGAAAUUGAAAACAGAAAGCUGAAGAAAACAUUGGAUAGCCUCAAAAACCUCAAAUAUCAGAUGGAGUCAUUGGAGAAGGAGAACAGUCAACUUGAGGAAGAGAACUUAGACCUGCGGAGAAUUGUGGAGUCACUCAAAAGCACAAAUAUUAAGGUGGCUCAGCUGGAGCUGGAAAACAAGGAACUGGAGAGUGAGAAGGAACAAUUGAGGAAAGGUAUGGACCUCAUGAAAGCAUCUUGCAAGAAAAUCGAGCAUUUAGAAGUCAGCUACCAGGGACUAGACACCGAAAACCAAAGGUUACAGAAGGCUCUGGAAAACAGCAAUAAAAAAAUCCAACAACUCGAAAAUGAACUACAAGACCUAGAGACAGAAAACCAUACUCUGCAGAAGAACUUGGAAGAGCUGAAGAUAUCAAGUAAGAGGUUGGAACAACUAGAAAAGGAGCAUAAGCUGCUGGAGCAAGAAACGUGUCAGCUAGAAAAGGACAAAAAACAACUAGAGAAAGAGAAUAAAAGGUUACGUCAACAAGCGGAGAUUAAAGACAUCACACUGGAGGAGAACACUGCGAGGAUCUCCAAUCUGGAGAGGGAAAAUAAGUUACUGUCCAAGGAAACAAGUGCAUUCAAAGAAUCAUGUACUAGGCUUAAAGAACUGGAAAUUGACAAUAAGGAGCUUGUGAAAAGAGCGACCAUUGACAAGAAAAUGCUAAUAACAUUAAGAGAGGAUUUGGUGAAUGAGAAGGUGAAAACACAACAAACUAAUAAUGAACUGGAAAAACUAACCCAUGAACUGGAAAAGAUUGGACUGAAUAAGGAUCGUCUCCUACACGAUGAGCAGACAAGUGAUGAUGAUAGCAGGUACAAGCUCCUGGAAUCCAAAAUAGAAUCAACAUUGAAGAAGUCACUUGAAAUCAAAGAAGAAAAAAUCGCUUCUCUUGAGGCACGGUUAGGAGAGUCGGCAAAUUUUAACCAGCAACUCCGUCAGGAACUGAAAACUGUGAAGAAAAAUUAUGAAGCACUCAAACAGAGGCAAGAAGAAGAGAAGCUGGCACAUAGCUCUCCCCCACGGCCUGGGGAUGACUCUGUACCUGUGAGUAAGUGGGAGAGGGAGAGCCAGGAGACCACCAAGGAGUUGCUGAAGCUCAAGGAUCGCUUAAUAGAAAUCGAAAGAAAUAAUGCCACAUUGCAGGCUGAGAAGCAAGCACUAAAAACUCAACUGAAACAACUGGAAACACAGAAUGAUAACUUACAAGCUCAGAUCAUGGCGCUCCAAAAACAAACAAUAUCGCUGCAAGAGCAAAACACAACACUGCAGACUCAAAAUGCCAAGCUUCAGGUUGAAAAUUCUACAUUGAACUCACAGAGCACGUCACUUAUGAACCAAAAUUCCCAGCUCCUGCUCCAGCAGUCAAGCUUAGAAAGUGAGAAUGAAUCUCUAGUGAAAGAACGAGAAGAACUGAAAUCCAUGUAUGAGUUAUUAGUAAAAGAUCAUGAGAAACUGGCACAAGUCCACGAGCGACAAGCGGCAGAAUAUGAAUCGCUUAUUUCUAAACAUGGAAACCUGAAGUCCGCUCAUAAAAACCUUGAGGUGGAACACAAAGAUCUUGAGGACAGGUACAACCAGUUGCUAAAGCAAAAAGUUCAUUUAGAAGACCUGGAAAAAGCUCUGAAAGAAGAACAGGCAAAAAUGCUGCAAGAGAAUAAGGAGCGUGAGAUGCUGUCCUCAGACUAUCAGCGGCUCACUGAAGAGCAUGAAAGGCUUAAUCAUACCUAUAGACAGCUACUACGUGAAAAUGAAAGUCUUCAAAGUGACCAUAAAAACCUAAAGACCUCAAUAAACAGUGGAAAACUGGAGCAGACUCGACUAGAAGCUGAAUUCUCCAGACUGAAAGAGAAAUAUCAGAAGUCAGAUAUCACAGUCACAAGUCUGACCAACCAGUGUGAGCUUCUACGUCAAGUGAAAGGAAACCUUGAAGAGGAGAACAGACAUUUGAUGGGCCAGAACCAAAUCUUAGCAUUACAAAACAAGACAUUGCUGGACCAGAAUAUGGAAAGCAAAGAUUUCUAUCAAGUUGAACAAAGACAAUAUAUGGAUAAAAUAAAUGAACUAAGACGGCAGAAAGAAAAACUAGAAGAGAAGAUCAUGGAUCAGUACAAAUUCUAUGAACCUUCUCCCCCAAGACGGAGAGGUAAUUGGAUAACCUUAAAGAUGAGGAAGCUUAUCAAGUCUAAGAAGGAUGUAAGCCGCGAACAUGUGAGAUCUCUCACUCUUCCACCUUCUCGAUCGGAGUCCGGUGAAGGAUUCUUACAGCUACCUCCUCAGGACAGCCCGGACAGCUCCUCUGUGGGCUCCAAUUCUCUAGAGGACGGGCAUCCCCUUGGAGCCAAAAAGAGCAGCACUCUGAAAAGACUGCCCUUUAUGAGGAACAGACCGAAGGAUAAGGACAAAAUGAAGGCCCUCUACCGUCGCUCUGUGUCCAUGAAUGACCUGGUCCAGUCCAUGGUCCUGGCAGGUGGACAGUGGACAGGUAGUGCUGAGAAUCUGGAAGGUCCUGAUGAAAUUCCUACCGGCAAAAGGAGGAAAGAUUUGGGAACUAUGGCCUUCUCCACCACAGCGAUCAACUUUUCAACAGCCAGCCAGUCCGGGAGCUUCAGAACCAAGCAGAUUAUUAAGAGUAAAGAUGGUGCAUCCUAUGAGGAUAUCAGUGGUCAAGGUGUCCAUGAUGAUUCAUAUAUGACAACUGCAGGUCUAGCUCCCAGGCCAGCCAGUCUUGAUAGUGGCAGGACAUCCUAUAGUAAUAGUAAUAAUAAUGCUUCACUUCAUGAAGUGACAGGUCCAGUGACUAGUCAGAGUAGAUCUCAAAGCCACAGCAGUGGGGACUUCAACCAGCAACAUGAUAAUGAAGUAUGGUCCAACAGUAGUAGUCCAGUUCAGUAUUAUGGUUAUCGCUUGAAAAAAAGUGCUGCAUCCAGCCCCAUGCUUAGACUGAAAUCCUGUGAUGGAAUGGAAAGCUUGGCCCAGUCUAAGAAGAGACUUGGAUCACCGGGUAGUGAAAUGGUAUCCCUUAAACAGUUUUUACAAGAAAGUAACAAGUUGACAGUGAGUCAGAUUCGGUCUGGAAGCCAGGAAGACCUAUUAGAUGAAGUCAUCAGAAGCUUAUCUAGCUCUAGUGAAUUAGCAGGAUUACAAUCCCCAUCUCAGCUGUCUCCUGCACUAUCAUUGACCGACAGAAAGACUGCAAAACCGGAACUGAUUGUACAGCCCAGCUCUGCGAAAGCUGAGGAAAAUACAAGAUUUCCAUUCCCUACAGUGAUCAAUGUUCAGUCAUCAGGUGGAGAUUCUGCCACAGGUCAAGGGACUGUGUGUCAACAACAGCAAACAAAAGAUGCCAAGCAAUAUGCCACCUUACCUCGUGCUAGCAGCGUCAUUUCCACUGCUGAGGGUACCACUCGAAGGACAAGUAUACAUGAUUUUUUAUCCAAAGACAAUAGGUCACCUGUAUCAGUUGAUCCAUCACCUACAAAGGAAGAUGCCCCAUCGUUAUUGAGUGAGUACCGUGCAGUCAAGCAGUGUCCUACUACGCCCACCCACAGACCCCCUCCUCGUCUAGUUGAUGAUGGUCUUCACUGUUGCUCUGGGUGUGAUUUAGUUCACUAUAGUAAAAAUACAGAUAAUACAGUUAGUUUGUGUUAUACAUCACCGUGCAUGCCUUUCCCAUACCUUUCCCUGAACCCAGAUUUGGUAAGUAGCAUUAGUGGUCCACCAGGAGACAGAACAAUUGCAUUUUCUACUGAAAGACUAGAUUGCAGCGAGACAAAAAUACACAAUGUAAAUGGUGCAUUGAGUAGAUGUGAUCAUUCUUCCCAAUGUUUAGAGAGAAAUGACGCUGAGACGUCUUCACUUGUUUCUGAAGAUAAUCAAAGUAUUUGGUAUGAGUAUGGCUGCGUGUGAAGAAGACCUAUUCAUCAGUAUAUAUAUAUGUGGAACACAAAGACCUUUACUGCAUGGAACAACAUGGCUAUUAAAUGUCAUUGGUGUGUGUGUGACAGAUAGUGAUACUCAACUUAUUUGUAUUCAGAUAUUAUAAUAGCGAGAACACUAGGUAUAUGGUAUCUACCUCAAUUUUGUCAUUUUACCAGGUUGAUUUUUAUGCUAAAUAAAUUUAUUUUGAGAUUUUUUUUGAACAAAUGGUAUUUUUGUAAGAUAUGAUAUAACUUUAUUUACUACAUAGCUAAUAUGCAACAAAAGUAUAAUCAAGUGGGGACGUUUAUUUUAGGAAGUAACUGUACUUAGAAGUUCUUCAAUUUCAUUAGAGCUUACUAGAAUCUAUGUAAAAGCAAUAAACAAUAUACUGGUAUUACAAUGCGGAAAGUGUGACUACAAUGACAUGUUGAGUACCACUGGUCUGUCAGUACCCUUGUAUUGUGUGUAAGUAAAUGCAUGUUAGGACUGGUGCAUGCUACAACCUCUUGUAGAUAUAACAUCAGAGCCGGUUUUAUAGAAGGUGGGGCCACAGGUAACAAGCAAAGGCUUUUGGCUCUUUACCAUUUUAGACAAAAUUUCUUGUCAUUUCAGUCUAUUUUAUACCACCUUAAAGGAGAAGUAUCACGUUGAAAAAUGUAUCCCCUAUUCAAAGGGGAGUUUGGGGAUGAGGCCACAAGGUUUACACCUGGAUUUGGGGAUUUUCUGCCAUUCUUCUUGGAGGAUACUUUUAAGUUCUGUCAGGUUGGAUGGACCGAUGCACCAUCUCUCUUCAGAGAUGUUUCAUUGGGUUCAGUUUAGGACUGUGGCUGGGCUACUUAAGGACAUUUACAGAGUUGUUUCUAAGUUCCUCCUGUAUUGUUUUGGCUGUGUGCUUAGGGUCAAUUGGGGAGAUUUCUCAAAAUCUGUGUAGAGGAAGAGUGGAACAGUUGCCCACAGCAACCAAUCAGAUUUCUUCUUUGAUUUUUCAGAGGUCUUUAUUUUAAUUGAAAGAAGCAAUCUGAUUGGUUGCUAUGGGCGCUCUGGGUCAGAUUUUCAUUAAGAAUAUAUCUCUGUACUUUAUUCUAUUCAGCUUCCCUCAACUCUGACCAGUCUUCUUUUCCCAGCUAAAAGGACAUAAUGUUAAGAAUUAAGGCAAAAAUUCAGUUUCAGACAGUUUCUUGAUCAUAUUUCAAUUCAAGGCCCUUCUCCCCUGAUUACUUAGCUUGGUGGGGCAGUCAGAUCUAGAUAGAGUCCUGGUUGUUCCAAACUUUUCCAGUGAAAAAUUAUGGAGGCCUUUGUCGUCUUGGGAACUUUCAGUGAUACCAAAAUAUUUUUUGUACCCUUCUCCAGAUCUGUACCUCCACACAAUUCGGUCUCUGAGCUCUACAGGCAGUUAUUUCUCCUCCUGGUUUUGUUAUUGCUCUGAUAUACAUUGUCAGUUGUGAGACCUUAUAUAGACAGGGCUUUCUUUCCAAAUCAUGGGGUCAAAAUAGAUUUUCUUAAUUUUUUUUAGCACACGGCCUCAACAUGAAAAAAAGUUAAAGGCUCUGAAGACUUUUCAGUUGCACUGUAUUAUUCCUAUGUUUCCUCUGUAGCACACUACAUAUUUAGAUAUUCAAGAAAGUGUAAACUCUAUAGCAAUCCUUUUCAGGAGUAAUUUUCUCCCAACUAUAGAGUGGUCUAUAAGGCCAUCUUUACAUAUGUCCAGCAUCCAGCAUCUUUUCCCUCCGGUGCUGUAGAAAAUGUGCCAGAGGGAAACUGAUGCUAAAACUGACCCUUUUCGUUUGAAUGGGACAAUUUACAUUCAUCUUGCAUCUUAGUUUGGAUGUCAGAUGAUUGGACUCACCAGACCGGCUCCGGAGAGGAGACUGCAUCUUGCUAUGUUCCCCCGUCCAGUGUUCAGAAACAAUGGACGCCGGAUGCUAUGAGGUGUAAGGCUAGGAUUACAUAUGUCCAGUGUCCGGCAUAUGUGAACCCACCCUAGACAACAUGCAUCAGUUGUGGCAUCUGUUGCGUUGAGAUCUAGGGUGGGUUCACGUAUGCCGGACACUCGACAUAUGUAAUCCUAGCCUUACACUUCUUUCUGAAGACAACAACUGAGUAUUAUAAGUUUUGAGUUGUUCUGUGUAAAUUGUCUGACGUGUAACAUGUAUGACCUGUCUCUUUGCUUCAGCUUGAAAGGAGAAUUCAUUCUAACACACAUCUAGCUGAUAAAUGACAAAUGCAUGAUAUUGUAAAAGAAUGUCUAAGAGAAAUGCAUGUGGCUGCUGUACACAAUACAUGUAUACUGCUUAUUGUUUUCUUACAUAGACAUAUGGGGGAAGAUUUAUCAAAACCUGUGUAGAGACAGACUGGUGCAGUUGCCCAUAGCAACUAAUCAGAUUGCUUCUUUAAUUUUUCACAGGCCUCUUUAAAAAUGAAAGAAGUGAGCUGAUUGGUUGCUAUGGGCAACUGCACCGCUCUUCCUCUGCACAGGUUUCGAUAAAUCUCCCCCAUGGUCUUGAUAACAGAAGAAAUAUUACAUUACAACCAAUGCAUAUGAUUGUUUGCCAUUGGUUUCAUUUAUUAACAUUAUCCAUACCAUGAUUUAAUACAAGCAUUUACAUGAAUACCUUAUAAUGUAUGUACAUGUGGGUUUUAUAUUGCAACAGCAUAUUUAACAUUGCUUAAUUUGAGGCUGUGAGGAAAUACUGGGACUUGCAGUUCAAGGGGCAAAGAAUCAUGGCUUAAUGCAAGUAGUCAUUGCCGCCGACUCAUAAAACGUGCCUGAAUCCAUUUGAUUUUAGCCAUCACCCAGAUAUAUCAGAUCAUUGCAAAGGCUUUGCUGCAUGUAGUCUUCUGCUAAUUCAUCAUAUAAAUAUACCAUUCAGCAAAAUCCAUCCAGCAACCGGCAAAACAAAUGGCUCAGAUUUACCGUGUGUAGUAUAUCUUAUAUUUAUUUAACAAAACGUUCCAAUACUGAGAGUGGAAGUUUUAACUGGAUAAUAGAGACAAUUGGGACUUAUUUAUUAUUAUUGGUGCACCAUUCAAACAAUGGGCCAUUCUCUCCAAUAAGGCAAUGUGCACUAUGGGGGAGAUUUAUUAAAACCUGUGCAGAGGCAAAGUUGACCAGUUGCCGAUAGCAACCAAUCAGAUUGCUUCUUUUAUUUUGUUGAGGCCGUUUCAAAAAAUAUAAGAAGCAAUCUGGUUGCUAUGGCCAACUGGUCAACAGGUUUUGCUACAUCUCCCCCAAUAUUCUUAAAUAAGAGGCAAACUCUAUGGAAUACUGAGCUUAAAGAGUACCUAUCAUCAUCUAAACUCUCCCUAAUCCCCCCCCCCAUCUGUCCCUGACUCCCACUGACUCGAUCCCUGUCUUUAUCUAGUAUUAAAACCCCCUAAAAAUACCUUUUUUUUCUCCCUGUCCUGCUGCUCAUUCUCCUGCCGUGUGCGAGGGGAGGGAGGGGGCGUGGCCUGGCAGGCGCCAUCUGAUGGGAAUUGAAGACCUAGAUCAGACUUAUGCAGAUUUGCAAAGGCAGAACCGAAGUUUCCUAUUAGAAGAGCAGCGCACCACUGACUCGGGGCCAAGUCAGGAGUGCACCCUGCUGAGGUACAAGCACAGCGCUCACUACCUCCUGUCUGAUUGACAGGCGGGGAGCUGCGCUGAGCACGCCUGUGUCCUGGCUGCAGUCUGUGAUUUUGGACUCAUGCCAGGAGUCUGAAAUCAAUACAAAAACUUGCGGCCAGGACUGCUAGGGAGACCCCUAGUGAACGAGUUUUUAAAAUUGAAAAUACAACCUAUUUGAAAGUGAUUAAUUAGGCAUUCAUCUUUAACAUAUAAAAAGUUUUUUGGAUGAAAGGUACUCUUUAAAACAAACUCAGGUUGGACCUCUUCUUGUUCUCUGUUGCUUUUCUAUAUAGAAAAAGGCAGAAAACCAUAAAAAAAUCAGUAGAAGUAAAAUCCUAAAGACCUGCCCAAAUGAUGUUUUGCCCAAAACAUCAUAUUUUUUAUAUAUUAAUGCUAAAACUAAAAUACAUAGAAAAAUUCGACCCAAUUAUCGUAUAUGACAACACAUUAAUAAACUGUCUUUUAGCUCACAGGGAAACUGUCAUGUGGCACAAGCUGAUCUGCCAUCAUCGUCAUGUCAUAAAGUAGCAGAACCUAAGCAGUCUGAUAUAGGCUAUGUUCACACAAUGGAAUUUCCGCAAGGAAUUCGGCAUUAGAAUUCCACACAGUCAUUCUGCAGCAGCAGAGUCCUAUUGAUAUCAAUGGGAUUCUGCCACACUGUUCAAAUUUCAAUGUCCACAGAAAGAAUAGACUUGUCUAUUCUUUUUGUGGAGUCCACACGGAAAUGCAUUGCCGUCUAUGAGUCAACGCAUUUCUGAGUGGUCCUAGCGCCAGCAUCUUCUACCGGCGCUCCACUGUCGGGGGAAUGUCCGUGCGGACAUUCGCCCCUGUGAACAUAGCCAUAUAGUUUUCUGGGAAAAGUUUCAUUAGAACUUCAGUAAAAACUAUUUGAUUAAAAUCUCUGUUCAUUCUGGGCUAAGGAGUCCAGUGGGUGGUCCUAAUCAAUUACUGACAGCCCACCACACUCCUAAGCCCAGAAUAAGCUGCUAUUUCAAUCAAGUUACAAGUAAUCUUUUCCCACAAAACUAUAUAUUAACUAUCUCAACAUAAUGCUGGUGGAAUGGACAGCAAUUAUAUGGUGACAGGGUUACCUUUUACAGUGACUCUCCUCCUUUCCAACAUGUCCUUUUUGGUUCCAAAUUUGUGCCGACUAAUAGAGUGCUUGUAUUAUGCAAUCUUCUUCAGGCCCAUAGACAGUGAAUGGGGUGUCAGUUCACACCCAUAACCAUCAUUCAGACAAGGAAUUUGGGUCCCUUAUUCUCAUGGUUGUUGGGAAUUCCAGCAGUCAGACCUCCACUUAUUACUUAUCCUGUAUUAUGUAUGGCUCAAACUAGAUAGAUGAAAGUCUCUUGUUCAGAACCUUCAACAAAUGGCAAGGGGGAGAGUGGCUAUAUGGAACUUCUUUCUUAGAAGGACCCAAAACAAAAAUAGAUGGCUAAAUCUAUAGAAGGCUUGAUGUUGUCUGACUGGUGCUGAACAAAAUUGAUCCAAUUGUUGGAAACAGAUCUCCAACAUGUUUGAGCGGUGGCCUCACAUAGUGUGACUCUGCCAGAUCAUCAUCAGGAAACUCGGGUGUAGCUAAAAUUGAACUACAAGUCACAGCAAGCCCUUACAGCCACUGAAAAGCAAAUAAUUACAGCUAGACCAAUGACAUAUGGCAGACUGAAGGUUAUUCUUACUGCAAACGUCUGUGCUUUUUAUAGACAUCCAUAUACUAAACUUACCUUUCU